AUGCGUUUCUUCACCGGCGAUGAAUUGGGAAACCUCAAAAUUUUACAACUCAAAACAUCUGGUUCAGACACCUCCAAAUUGGAACAGCUUAACAGGCCCACAGAAAAGCCCGAAAAUUCUGGCGUACAAGUACUCUCGGCUCGCACACAGAGUGAUUCACCGGUGACCCUGCUAGCCGCAGGAUACUCUAACGGAAGAGCAGAGCUACUUACCAUCGCAGAAGAUGAUGCGAUCACAAGCUUGCAACAAUGGACAGAAACCCGUCUCAAAAAUGGCCAAAGAUAUGUUGGAAUACAUUGCACCGAAAGAAACGUGCUUUCUUGCACAUCGAAUGGCGCACUACGAAUGACCGUCAUUGAACAAGAUUCAUCGGACACUGCGCCAACAUUCUUAACCACUUCCUUACCCACCCGUCUCUGUGACUGGCGACUAUCCGAGAACCAAAAUACCUUUGCCUACGGAGGCGAUGAGGUCGACUUGUCUGUUUGGGACACCGAACGUGCAUUCCAGAAUCGAGUCGAAGACCUCACGUCCUCCACAGCAGCAGCCAAAAAGCGAAAACGCAACGAUACACUUUUCCCUGGCGAGAUCUGGCGAGCGAAGAAUGUACCCAAUGACAACCUUGGGCUCCGUCAACCUAUUCGAAUCACGGCUCUCUGCUAUCUUUCUGCGUCCUCAGGUCCUAAUCAUCACCUCCUUACAGGUACCCAACUGGGAUCUGUACGACAAUAUGAUACUAGAGCCGCCCGAAGGCCCACAUCCGAUUGGAAAAUAGCAAAAGUAGGCGGUGUAGAGACACUUGAACAAGGUUUUAAUCUUCAUGAGGUAUUCGUGAGCGAUAGUGGCUCAAACUUGUUCGCCUUAGAUUUGAGGAAUGGACGUGUUUCAUACAGCUAUAAAGGAUUGGCUGGAUCUGUCACUUCAAUAGCACCUUCACCUACUUUUAUGGUUUCGGUCGCUAGGGAUCGCUAUUGUCGUAUUCAUAGUACUUUUCCUGCUCCAGAACAACCAGGGCAACAACAAGAACACAAGGGUGAAGUCCUGGAAAAGAUCUUUUCAAAGAGUACACCUACAGUGGUUGUAUGGGAUGGUGAUCACUCUUCGACGAAGCCAAUCGCAUCGUCCCAGGAACUCGAAGAGGGAGAUGGAGACUCAGAUGAGGACGUAUGGGAUAACAUGGAAGAAGUUGAUGAUGAUGGAGAGGUACAAGGCAGCAAGACGACCAAAAAACAACGCAAUGAUUGA